CAUCAUUGCCAGACGCCUACAUGGGCAGCCACUUGUUCAGAACCUGGUAACUGGCUCCCUCCGUGACCACAUCAGCAGCCACGCUCCCAGUAAGGCCCUGCUGCUGUCCUUCCACGGACCUCCAGGGGUGGGCAAGAACUACAUCAGCGGCAUGAUAGCGGAGGCUCUGUUCGAGGGCGGACUGGGGUCCCCGAACGUUCACUACUACUCAGCCACGCGGCAUUUCAUGCACAGAGACGAGGACCACAUCAUGCAAUACAAGGACAAGCUGCAUCGGGAAAUUCCUGAAAAAGUUCAACGCUGUCAGCAUUCCAUGUUUAUCUUUGACGAGAUGGACAAAAUGCCACCGAAUCUAAUAGACACCAUCAAGCCUUUCGUAGAGGAGAACAUGCGUGUUGAUGGAAUUGACUACAGGAAAGCUAUAUUCCUGUUCUUAAGUAACACAGCGGCGUCACCGAUUAUUGAUAGAGCCUUGGAGUUGAGAAAAGGUGGUGACAACAGAAAGUCAUUCGUCCUGAAGGACUUCGAGCAGAUCAUCAUCAAGAACGCACUUGGGGAGGAACCAUGGUGCCCUAACCUACGCAUCGAGGGCCUCAGACGAACAGCUAUGGGCAACUAUCACAAGACCGAGAUCCACGAUGACCGUCCCGUGUAUAAGCAUGAAAAGAACAAACUAUACUUGUUCUUUAAGGGUAACAUUUGGCGCGUGGCGCGUGAACAGGUAGACUCUGCACCGGCGUCGAUGAUUCUUGAAGAUAGAGUGAUGCGACUGGAAGAAAGCAAGAAAUAUUGGAAGGUGCUCAUGGACGGCAAUUGGGAAGAAGUGCCUGAAGUUCAAGUUAUCUGUCUUGAUGCCCCACCUGCGGGUGGACCCAACGUGUGCACAAAAAUCAAGUCAUAUCCCUGCACUGAGACUUUCAUCGAGGAGCAGAAUGUCACGUGCUGGUUAUUCUGGACUUGCACCAGCCAGAGCACAGUGCAAAGAAAGACAACAUGCUCACAAACGCAGUACACGUGCUGUGACGGAUUCACGCAACUUGGAUCAGAAUGUGUGAAGGGUACAGGCCUUUGGCAAGCAGAGUUACUGAGUCACAACCUAGUCAACCACGUGGUGCCGUUCCUGCCUCUGGAGAGGGAGCAGGUAGAGAUGUGCGUCAGAGACGUCCUUUUGGAAAAGGGACUGGGACAUAUGAUAACCCCGGUAAGUGGAACCUUUUAUAAUUAUGUAAGAACAGUUAAAGACAAGAAAGUUAGAGAUUGCAGGCUCUAUCCUCUUUUAACAUAGUGCUUCGUUAUCCUUCCGGUCUCAGAGACAAAAUUAGCAGCACUAUCCAGAUGUUAGUACAACCCAAAUUCCAUUAUCUUGAAACCUCAUGUGUCGG